UCCUGGGCCUGUGGCACCUCCCACCCCAUGGCAACGGCAUUGCCCCUGCUGGUAUUUCGGCCCCUGGUGCCACUUGCUUGUCUGUGGUGUCCCUGUGUGCCCAGGAUGUCCCUGUGUGCCCAGGAUGUCCCUGCCCCUGCUGCUUCCUGGCAGAGCAUCCCUGUGUGUUCUCCAAGGAUGUCCCCACCCAUGCUGCUUCUCAGUGAAGCACUGCUGUGUGUCCCCAUGUUCCCCCAUGAUGCCCCCAUGUUCCCCCACGAUGUCCCCACGUUCCCCUGUGAUGUCCCCCUCGGUGUUGCUGCCCUCGGGAGCACUGCAGCUUGUUCCCCCCAGGCCGUCCCCAUCCGUGUUGUGUUCCCCCAGAGCACUGUGCUGCGUCCUUGUGUCCCCUCAGGAUGUCCCCACCCGUGUUCCCACCCUGCAGGGCACUGUGUUGUGUCCCUGUGUCCCCCUAGGAUGUCACCAGCUGUGUUGCUUCCCGACAAAGCCCCGCUGUGUGUCCCCAGGGGGAGCCUGGCCCACACCUCCCAGUGUCCCAGGGGAGCUGGAUCCCAACCCCUUCAGCUCCUGCUCCCUCCUGGCUCCAGGGAAGGACAAAAGGGGCUGGUGAGGCAGAACUGGGAGCAGUGGGAUCACUGGGAACUCACUGGCAGGGGGCUGUGUCCUGUCCCCGCCAGGGCCACCCAAGCUGGGGUCCCCCAGGUGGGUUCACCCCUGGUGGGGGCUGUGCCCAGCCGAGGCUCGGGGUGGGUCACCAGGCACGUGCCCCCCGUGUCCCUGUGCCAGCCAGGGGUUCCCCGUGGGCAGGGCCUCCCCGGGCAGGGCCCCGCAGGGUAUAUUAGUGCUUUCCUUUUUUUAAUCUCGCUAUUUUCUUACAGAAGCCCCUCCUCCCUUGGCAUGACGGUCCUAGAGGCGUUUGUUAACGGAUAUAAGCAGAGUAUAGGUUUAUAAAUUCUUAUAGAGUUAGUGGAAAUAUUUUUAUCCCUCCACAACUGUUCUCAAUAAAUAACGGCUGACCCGG